AGCACAUCUUGUGCCUAUAGAAUUAUAUUCAUUCAUAGAGUAUUUUUGAUUUUUGUUCUUCGCAUAUAUACAUAUAUAUGUAGUUUGUUCGGAGCUCUUCAAGCUCAGAUGUUUCCCCGCAGCGCCCCAAUUCCUCCAAAAUAACAUAUAUAAUAAUAUGACCCCCCUAUAUCUCAACCACAGUCGGCCCCCGCAAGACCUUCCCACUUCCAUCCAAACAAGCCGCAUUAACCAUCCAUCCCUCCCUCCCCAAACCCAUACUAUCCCACAACCUUCCCACAACCACAGCUUUAACACCCUCCCAAACAACCCUCCCCGCCAUACCCCACACCCCAUCUACCCCACACAGAUCCCUCCACCACCCGCCGCCCGCCACAAAGCUCCAAAUUCCGCUUCCACGCUCCCACAACGCCCCGUUCUCCGCCCGCGCCCUGCACAACGCCUCCCACGCGUCCUGCGCACGGUCAUAAUACGCCCUCUCCACGCCGCGGCCGACGUGGACGUGUCCAAAGACAUGUAGGAGCGGGCGGAUGCGCCAGGCUGCGCGAAGGAGAUGGGGGCAGCCGGCAGAGUAAGGGAAAUUGUCGAGGUGGUGGGCCGGGGGCGUGUGGGUGACUAGGAUGUCGGUGUCCGGGGGGAUGGGGAUUGGAUAUGGAUAUGUCGUGCCGUGGCCGUCCCCGGGUGUCGUCGUCGUCGUCGUCGUCGUGGGAGGGUAUUGGAAGGCGUGUAUUGAAUCCGGUGAAGGGUCCAGCUGUGGGAUUUGCGGGGCACCGUGUAUUGUCAGCGUUCGCGAUGAGGGGCUAAUGGUUGUGGAUUUGCCAGCUGUGUCGUGGGCGGUGGAAGUGGGUGUAGGAAAAGGAAAAGUCAGCGUCACGCUGCUGUUUUGUAGAUAAUGUAUUGAGCCCCAAUCUAUGCCUUGUCCAUCCCCGUCCUCCGCAUUACAAGCCACAAUAAUCCCCCGAACCUCCUCAUCCAACCACCCGUCAUGAUUCCCCGCCACAACCACCUUCUCCGUAUGCGGCAGCGUCUUCAACCAAUCCACCGCCGCCUGAAUAUCCGCGCGCGCCCCGCUAUUCGUCAGAUCCCCCGCAUGGAUCAGCAGGUCCCCGUCCGGCACGCCCAGUAGGUGGUGAUCGUGGGUAUCGGAGAUACAGACGACGCGGAUAGGGCGUUGGGAGGGCGUUCGGGUGCGCGGGGCUGGGCGGAGGUUGAGGAGGAGGGUGUGCAGUGGACGGAGGAGGAAGAGGAUCGGGGAGGAGAGGAGGCGGGUUAAGAGGGGCGGGGGGUCGAAGGGGCUCAUUACUGGGGAUAUGUAGGGGUUGAGAAGGUUUUGUUUGAAUUUAGAAUACGGCUAUGGCGUUGGAAAUGGCAUGAUUGGAGUGGUUUGUUCGGAUAGAGGGUUGUGAGUGCUGCCCUCGCAGUUUGUGUUUUGCUAGUUGGUUGUUCAUUCAUGUUGGUGACGGUGAAUGCAGCGCGCUGGGGUUGAAUAUUAUUCAGGGGACCAAUAACGCAACAACAGCCCAAAAGCUGGCUUCUACUCGCACAUUUACGAGGCUCUCGAUCUCCAAAAUGAAGCCCAGAGCCAUAUUAUGCUUAAUAAUGGCCUUGAGGCAAACUCGGCAAUAUGGUAUUGUUCGCUCUAUACACACGAGUGUCUACUAGCGGCCAGAUAAGCUAAAUACUUGGAUCUAUAUAAGUCCAUUGCAAAAACGCGCCCUUCGAGAAAUGUCAUGCGAGAUUAUGCUCUUUUGCAUUUCUACUCCCUAUUUCUAGCUCCGUUCCUACUCAUUCACUUUGCCAUCCCCAGCCGGUACCAAUCGGUCCGGUGUUAUUGGGAUCAGAGCAGGUAUAUAACCCAUCAGCUCCAGCUCCAGCUCACACAAACUACGAAAACCCCAGUUGCAAGCAAUAAACCAAAAACUACAACGCACGACAACUACCAAGUCACAACAAACCACCAUCCAUGAUGGAUAGCUUCGAGGCACAGUUCCGGAAGGCAGAAAUAGGCGAUGUGGACUAUACCGCUAUACCUGAAAAAAAGCUGAAAAUGCCGGUGUACAAGGACUAUCCACCAAUCGUCGCAGAGAAACUCUGGGGUCUGGCUCAAGCUGUCAACGAGGGCAAAAGCAUCGCAGUUGCAACUGGGUUUGAAGGAGCGCGGUACCAGGAGAGAGAUCCGGUGAAGUUAGCAUCGUUCACCCCUCAGGAAAAAGAACAAUAUAGUGCAUGGUGUACCGGGAGUGUGAGCCUCCCAGAAUUUGACUGGACAGCCAACAUCGACGAUUCCCAAAUGCCUCCAAGUGUUGCUAGGAAAAUGGAAGAGCAUGUCAACGCGAUGAACAUUAUGUGGCAUACGAAUAAAGCCAAAACAAGCCACGCUCACUGGCUCUUGAACAACUGGAGUUACAUGCUGCCCCUUGUGACUGCACUCGCCCGGAUAGAAAAGGCCAAGAAAGACCUUGUUGACGGUUCGGAAUAUGCUACAGCCGAAGAAAUGGCAGAAAUCCAAACAAUAGAGAAAGCAUUCUCAGAAACCCAUCAGGCUUUACGCCGCGAGAAGAAGUCGCUUCUCUGAAAAAUGGUAACCCGCGAUAUUGCAUAUUCACAGGUGACGUUGGCCAACCGCACACUCGCUAUCAGGAAGAAAAUUGCAGAGCGUAUCCCUAUGGGUAUCACCCCACCCCAGCGGGAUAUCGCUCUCCUCCAACAAGAACCCGAUUUUUCCGCCUUAGCGGAGAUAGUAUCUUAGGUAUGAAGCUCAUUUCGCAUGCAUGUCUCUGAUCGGGCGCGCGGGUUGUGCGACAUGGAACACGGAACAUGGGAUCUUGUAUCGAAAUUGUGCUUCUGGGACAAGCGGGGAUUCAGGGGAGCUGACGGUUAGGGGACUUCUGCAUUGGGUCGUUUCAACGGAGACGUUGUCUUGAGAUAGGGUGACUCUGCGGUGGUGACUUGUUAUCACGGGUAGGGUAGUUUAGCUACAGGAGACUGGACAAUCAGAAAUACAACAACAAGGCUAUGACUUCGCUUGCCAUAUCCACACAUGGUGCAAAUAAGGCACAAAAGACUGUAUUGUUGAUUGCUCUCGAGUGUGGGUGGUUGUACAGAGAAGUCUGUGGAGGUUGGAAUACAUAAGUCUAUGGCCCAAUUAAAUCUUGGCGUCCGGAUGUUGGUGUGGUGUCAGGUGAUUCCCGCCAAGCCAUUUCUCCGUAUACACUGUACAUACAUACAAGGGAUAUUUACACACUCACUCAGGCAACCGAGUCAACGUUUAAUUAGGGGCUGCCACGGGCGGCCACAGCAACAGAAGGAAUUAGAUUGCGGGCAUCCCGCCAAUUCUCCUUGCGGGGAUGCGUUAUUUAUUUGGCACCCCUCUCAACACCCCCAAGUGUUCCUAGGUUGAUAGGGAAGAGGUACUCCGUAUAGAGGUUGUUCUUGGGGCAGCGAUAAACCUGAUGAACCUGAUAUAUCUGAGGAACCUGAGGAACCUGGCCAGAUGCCCCCCGCAAGUUAGGUGAAUACCGCAAGGCUCAUAUCUCUCAGAUGUUCCGUUAGUUCAAUGCGGCCGUUCCAUAACUCUCCAUGCUAGCUACGGCCGUGGAAGGGGGAAUGAACUUCUUGCUGGAAAAGCUCUAAGCUCCGGAUUUUUACAUCUGGCAAUAAGAAUGCCUGAUAUAAACCGUCAAUCUUCCAGUGGGUGGGUGUCUUGAGACCGAGUUAGUAUCUCUUUUGUCCGGUGCUACGAGAUUUGCGUAUGGCAGUUGAAGAGGCUGCUACCAUAGCAGAAUUCAAAGGGAUAGAGAAUGAAAGCAACGGCAUUACUACCGUUUCAAAAAGCUCCGUCCUUGAAGCUUCAUUCUCUGUGUCUUUUUUUGUUUUUUCCUUCUCUUAUGCGGUAUAUGUAUUCACAUUUAUAGUCGCGGUCCUCUGGCUACUCUCGUUCCAUCUCCAGCUCUUGUUCUCGGAUAUAUAAUAUGAGCACCAAACCCUUUUAUGUGAAAGCAGUAGAAGGUUGUUACUGCUGACCAGUCCAGUCCUAUUAUGUUUUGGUCAGCGACGAAGAGCACAGGAAGGACAUGGAGGGGUUGCAGCCGAAUGCCCCUAACAAAGCAAAGCGGGUUUUGGCUGGGAGGAAGACACCUGGUUCAAUAGGAUAGCCCGUCUAGCUGGACAAUCCGCCCUGUAGAGAGCCUGACACCCGAGCAGCGGCCAAUCGCUUUGGCUGUCGAGGGCAUCGUGGAGAAUAGCCUGCUGCACUUUAUUCCAGAGCGUGUGGUGUCUGUGGUUGCAUCACGAAACGUAGUAUGUACAUGUAUGUACCUUGGAGGUAACAAAAGAAAUAUAUAAACUGCUAAUCACCGUUAUAUAUGUUUUAAAUCGCAAUAUCCACAUGAUGGUCAUUCUAAGCUCC